AUGGCAACUUCCAUUGUUUCUCUCUCAAAUCCAAUCUUCAUUCUAAUAAUCACAGCUCUAUUUCUUCUUCUUUCAGUCUACAUCUACAAUCAGCCACAAAAAAAAGGGAAGACCACCAAGAAGUAUCAUCCGGUUGGUGGGACUAAGUUUCAUCAGUUUAUCCACUUUCGUAGGUUGCAUCAUUAUUGUACUGAUCUGGCUAGAAAAUACAAAACUUAUAGAAUAUAUAGCCCUCAUAAUAGUGAGAUUUAUACAACUGAUCCUGCAAAUGUGGAGUACAUCCUCAGGACAAAUUUCGACAAUUAUGGCAAGGGAUCGUUUAUGAACCACACCCUAAAGGAUCUACUUGGCGAUGGAAUAUUCACAGUUGAUGGUGACGAGUGGAGAGAACAGAGGAAGGUAUCGAGCCACGAAUUCUCUAAGAAAGUGUUGAGAGAUUUUAGCGGUGUAGUCUUCACUGAAAACACUAUAAAAGUCGGCAACAUUUUGUCAAAAGCAUCAAAUAGCAACCAAACAGUCGAUAUAACUGACUUGUUUAUGAAAUCAACAACUGAUUCAAUAUUCAAAGUUGCUUUUGGAAUCGAUUUUGAUAACAUUAGUGGCUCAAAUGAAAAAGGAGCUAGAUUCUGUCGUGCAUUUGAUGAUGCAAAUGAAUUGGUACUUCGAAGAUUUUUUGACUUAUCAUGGAAGAUCCAGAAGUUUUUCAAUAUUGGGCCCGAAGCAGAGUUAAAGAAAAAUAUCAAAGUGAUUGAUGACAUCAUUUAUAAGUUGAUUCAGACCAAGAUUGAAAAAAUGAGAGAGGGAAACGAUGAUACUUUGUUGAAGAAACAAGACCUUCUUUCGAGGUUUUUGCAGAUCAAGGAUAUAGAUCAAAAGUACGUACGAGAUAUAGUUGUAACGUUUGUUCUUGCUGGUAAAGAUCCUAUAGCAACUAGUUUGUAUUGGUUCAUUUACAUGCUCUGCAAACAUCCUCAAAUUCAAGAUAAGGUGGCAAAAGAAAUUAAAGAAGCAACCAACAUGAGCAUGAAAGAAUUAGAGAUCACAGAUGUUGCGGAGUUUGCAACGCGUGUGACCGAGGAAGCCCUUGACAAGAUGCAAUAUCUUCAUGCAGCUCUAACAGAAACCAUCAGACUCUAUCCUGCCUUGUCAAUGGACCCAAAGACAUGUUUUUCAGAUGAUGUUCUACCAGAUGGUGGUUUUGUGAAGAAAGGAGAAGUGGUAGUUUACAUGCCAUAUGCAAUGGGAAGGAUGACAUUCAUAUGGGGUGACGAUGCACUUGAGUUUAAACCAGAAAGAUGGCUCGAUGAGAAUGGUGUCUUCCAUCCAGCGAGCCCCUUUAAAUUUACAGCUUUUCAGGCGGGACCACGAACUUGUAUGGGGCGAGAUUUCGCGUAUAGGCAGAUGAAGAUAUUCUCUUCUAUCUUGUUGGGUUGCUUCGCGUUCAAGUUGAGUGAUGAAAGCAAAAUCCCACAUUACAGAACCAUGAUUAAUCUUCAGAUGGAUGGUCCACUGCAUAUUUCUGUUUCCAAAAGAUACGGAGCAGACAAAUCUGAAAGCAAUAACGGUAAAGAUCUGAUAUAAGGGCGUAUGUUGGAGAUCACCAUGUUCUUGACUAUGUCAUGUUGUGUUGCAAUGAUUAUUUUGUACUACUAGUAUUUGAAAUUGUGAACCAAUGUUUUAAGUUGUUGUGACGUUUUAACUAUUCUUCUACGAUGUGGUGAAAAGUUUGUAGUGAUUAAGUUGUGCCACGAGAUAUUGCAUUGAAUCUUGUAUUGUAUGCUACUAAAUUUCAUGUAAUUUGCAUUGUAAACCAACGUUGAAGUUGUUAGAUGUUUUAGCAAUUUUGUUACGUUAUGAUGACUGGAUUUUAUGAU